GUCAUUUUGUACGUUCACGACGCCGAGAUGGGCCACGGGUCGUCGGUUCACUCGAUGAAAUUCAAUUCCAUCCGCUCUACGAGCCGAAGGAGGUCCAUCAGCGGCAGGCGGCCGUCCAUCACUCACCCACCGACCAAAAAAUCUCACGACACAGAAGACAGUGUCCUCGGUCCAACGUACGACAAAAGCGACGGAGGCACGACGCUCGUCGAAGUCCCGUCCGAUUUUGCCACGUCGGUCCUCCCCACGCACACCAAGCUCCUGCUGCCUCUCGUUCAAAUGGGCGUGGACAUCCAAAGCCACAAGAUGACUGGCCACGGCGUGUUUCGAGGGGACGCGUACAGGUGGCUGCUGGUCCAGCUCGAGCUCAAGGUGUCCGUGGCCCAAGACUGCAUCCAUUCGUACGUUGGCCACUCCCAGCGCCUCGACCUGCGCGGCCAUCCGCAUCUGUUCAUCGCCGCCGACUACGUCGACUUUGUGUGCUCUCGGUCGGUGCCAGCACUUCUCGACUGCGUUGGCCACGCCACGUGGAACAUGCUCACGGACGUGCCGACGCACGCCGUGCGCACGACCAAAGUGCUGGACACGGCGGGCAAGGACAUUUGCUACGUGCAAGUGCGCAUCGAGAAUGGACACAGGCGCAACGUGCCUGUGGUCGUAAACGUCCUGUAUAAACGCACGGUCACGCCCCACCAAGUGAUGGUUGUGUUUCGAACGAUCCACGAAGACGACUUGUUCCCAAUGCCAACCCAACCGCUGCACAUUGGACUCAGUGGAUGGAUGAUAUUCAAGCAAGGCGUGGACUCUUGUUCUGAGCAAACGCUUGUCCGCGUCCAACUUCAAGAUGCAAUCGCAGGACCAGACCGAAGUGCAUGGUUAGCAAGCGUAGUCCAGAAGUGGUUUCAGGCCCAAGAAAGCUCGCUGCGGGUCCAAUUAUUGGCGAAAUAAAACACAUAUAGUGUGG